UUUCACUUCUCCCUGCCCUCCCAUCUAUACAGCUCGCCUCUCCUCUCUGCAUCACUAGUGGCAAGUUUGCAUUUCUGAAGAGUCGUGUGACAGGGACAAGGACGCGAGCACCUGGACACGAUGGCCGAGCAAGACGAUGGACUUCUGCAGCGGGCAGAGAGUGGAGAGAGUGUGAACAUGCAGAGAUCCCCCCAGAGGGGGUCGACGGCUCACGCCCUCAAGAUCUCUGGGCUCACCAUGCUGGCCUGCCUGCUGGUGGCGGGCCAGGCGCUCAUCGUCUACCAGGUGGUCAACCAGGGCAGCCGGCUCACCAACCUGCAGAACACUGCCAGCGACCUGCAGAAGAGGGUGUUACAGAACCCUCGUGGCUCCUCCGCUCCCAAAUCGGUCCGGAUGCCCCUGUACAGCAUGCCGCUCCUUAUGGACAUGUCAGAUGACAGCAAGAUGAUGCCCAUGACGAAGCUGGAGAACACCGCCAUGGUCAACGUGGAGACGCAAGUGAAGGAGCUCCUGCAGGGCCAGGAUCUUCCUCAGUUCAAUGAAACCUUCCUGUCAAACCUGAAGGCCCUGAAGUCUCAGAUGGAGGAGUCUGAAUGGAAGGGGUUUGAGUCCUGGAUGCACCACUGGCUAAUCUUCCAGAUGGCCCAGCAGGCUCCUCCAAAACCCACUGCCGACCCUGACCAUACCACCGCCAUGGGAGCAUCCACCAUCCAGACCAAAUGCCAGGUGGAGGCCGCCGGCGUCCGAGGCGUGAAGCCCGGGUUCUACCGCCCCCAGUGUGACAAGGACGGUAACUACCUGCCCAUGCAGUGCCACCACAGCACUGGCUACUGCUGGUGUGUUGACAAGAAUGGCGAGGAGAUCCCCAACACGAAGAUUCGUGGAAGGCCCAUCUGCGGCGGGAUGCCCCGUGUCAGGAUGGCCUUGCCCAGCUUCGCCAAGACGCUGAACUUGAACGAAGACUAAAGUGAGCUAGGAGAAAAAACUGGUUGAAAAUGCCGGAUGCUACUGACAACAAGUGUCCUUCUUCAUUGCAUCUCGAAGUAACCAAUAAUUUUUUAAAGUAUGCAAAGAUCAACUAACUUUUU